UGAUUGGGAUCAGUUUUGUGGGAACUCUGAAGCCGAUCGGUUUUGGAACACUUGCAGAGCUCUUGCUUUGAGUCAGACUCUUGCAUCUCUUGCUUGAAGGUUUUCGCGCUCUUGACUUUUGCCACCAUGCCUGGUCAUGUGAAACGAGGAGGAACAGGGGAGCCGGAUCCCGACCCCACCCCAUUCCUGUUCGUGUCCUUCGAGCAAAAACAGAAGGACAUGUCGAAGCCUUAUGAUCCUAAACGGUCCUGUUGGGUGUCCAUGAAGGAAGGGGGCUUCCAGGAAGGCAGCAUCGAGUCGGCUGAAGGCGACAAGGUCACCGUCCGAGUGGGCAAGGACGAGCGUAAGGUCCUCAAGAAGGACCAGGUCCAGCAGGUCAAUCCGCCCAAGUUCGAGCGGUGCGAGGAUAUGUCCAAUUUGACCUACUUGAACGACGCCUCGGUGUUGCACAACCUCAAGGCCCGUUACAUCUCGAAAUUGAUCUACACCUACUCUGGGCUGUUUUGCGUGGCCGUGAAUCCUUAUAAGCGCUUUCCCAUCUACACCGAGACGGCCAUUCGGAUGUACAUUAACAAAAGGCGGAACGAGAUGCCGCCUCAUAUUUUCGCCAUUGCGGAUGGGGCUUACCAAAGCAUGCUGACCCAAAACAAGAACCAAUCCAUUUUGAUCACUGGCGAAUCUGGUGCUGGAAAAACGGAGAAUACCAAAAAAGUGAUCGGGUAUUUUGCAUGCGUGGGAGCCACCGGCAAAUCCAUGGAAGGCAAAGCCUCGCUUGAGGACCGAAUUGUGCAAACCAACCCGAUUUUGGAGGCUUUUGGCAAUGCUAAAACCGUUCGAAAUGACAACAGCUCUCGAUUUGGAAAAUUCAUUCGCAUCCAUUUCAACCAAGCUGGAAAGCUUUCCGGCGCUGACAUGGAGGUGUACCUUUUGGAAAAGUCUCGGAUCACCUUCCAGCAACCAUUAGAACGUUGCUACCAUAUCUUCUACAACAUCAUGUCGGAUGCCGUUUCGGAUCUAAAAAAGACCUGUCUGUUGUCGAACAACAUCAAGGAUUACCAUUACGUUUCCCAAGGCAAGGUCUCGGUCGAGUCCAUUGAUGACAAGGAGGACAUGCAAUUCGCGGACGAGGCCUUCGAUAUCUUGGGCUUCACCAAGGAGGAAAAGUACAACGUGUACCGGGUCACCGCUGUGGUCAUGCAUUUGGGCGAAAUGAAAUUUAAGACCAAGAGCUCCAAAGACGACCAGGCCGUGGCUGAUGAGUCUGAGGCUGGAGGUCGGGUGGCCACACUCCUGGGUAUUGAUGCCGAUACUUUGUAUGAGAAUUUCUGCCGCCCCAAGAUCAAAGUGGGUUCCGAAUGGGUCACAAAAGGGCAAAACAUGGACCAGGCCCACAGUGCAGUGUCUGGGAUUGCCAGGGCCAUCUUCGAGCGUCAGUUCCGAUUUCUGGUCUCCAAGUGUAACGACACACUCGUGGAUCCCACAAUGAGGAAGAUCAGCUUUAUUGGUGUUUUGGACAUUGCGGGAUUUGAAAUCUUUGACUACAAUGGAUUCGAGCAGAUGUGCAUCAAUUUUUGCAACGAGAAGCUUCAACAAUUCUUCAAUCAUCACAUGUUUGUUUUGGAACAAGAGGAGUACAUGCGGGAAGGUAUUGAGUGGGCCAUGGUGGACUUUGGCAUGGAUUUGCAAAAGUGCAUUGACAUGUUCGAGAAGCCCAUGGGAUUACUUUCGAUUCUCGAGGAGGAAUCCUUGUUCCCAAAGGCCACAGACAAGACUUUUGAGGAGAAGCUUAUGGUGAACCAUCUCGGGAAAUCGCCGACCUUCCAGAAACCCAAACCCGGAGGACCGGAUAAGAAUGCCCACUUUGCAAUCGUUCAUUAUGCCGGUACUGUGGCAUACAACUUGACAAACUGGUUGGAGAAGAACAAAGAUCCCCUCAAUGACACCGUCGUGGAUCAAAUGAAGAAUGCCUCCAACAAGUUGAUCGUGGAAAUCUUCAGAGAACAUCCCGGCCAAUCGGGCGAUGGAGAAGACGCCAAGAGUUCCGGCGGAAAGAAGAAGAAAGGUGGAGGAAAAACUGUGUCGUCUUUCUAUAAAGAGCAGCUCAGCAACUUGAUGACCACUCUGCACGCUACGGAGCCUCAUUUUAUCCGCUGUGUGGUGCCCAAUACGCACAAACAGCCCGGAGAGAUUGACUCACCCUUGGUCAUGCAUCAGCUGACUUGCAACGGAGUAUUGGAGGGAAUUCGAAUCUGUCGCAAAGGGUUCCCAAAUCGAAUGGUCUAUUCGGAUUUCAAGGCCAGAUAUGCUUGCUUGAACGUGGAAGGGGUACAAAAGGCCAUGAUCCUUCCACCAGGAGCCACCAAUAUGGACGUGGAGAAACGGGAUAAGAACAUGGCCAAGUGCAUAAUUGACACGAUAGGACUCGAACCUGAGAAGUACAGACUCGGUUACACGAAGGUCUUUUUCCGUGCGGGAGUCCUGGGAAUGAUGGAAGAGAUCCGAGAAGAAAAGAUCUCCAAGAUCCUAAGCUGGCUCCAGGCCACAGCCCGAGGAAAACUGGCCAGAAUCGCCUAUAAAAAGCUGCAAGAACAAAAGUUGGCUUUGUAUUGUGUGCAAAGGACCAUUCGAAACUUCAUGGUGGGCAAAACCUGGUUGUGGUGGCAAUUGUGGCUUCUCAUCAAGCCCCAUUUGAGAAGUUCCAAAUUCGCGGAAAUCAAAGCCACGCUCGAGGAGAAACGCCAAGAGGCCGAGAAAAAGAUCGAAGGAGCCAAAGUCAACCGCCAAAAGGCCAAUGUUCUUAACCAACGGUUAAUGGCGGAAAAGGAUGAGCUGGAAGAGCAAUUGGCCAAGGGCGAUGAGGCCGUUCGUGAACUCGAAGAUAAGGCGAAAAAGAUGGAAAACGAGAAGAAAGAAGUGGAGAGACAAGCCAUGCAAAUUGCCCGCCAAUUGGCGGAAGAAGAAGAGGCGUGUCAAACCAUUGCUAAUGCUACCAAGAAAUUGGACAGUGAGGUGAAGAAGUUCCGCGAAGAGGUGCAAAACAUGGAGGAGAAGCUUUCGCAAGCGGAGGAAGACAAGGUGACUAAGGACUCUCAAAUCGGAGCCCUUCAAGAGGAACUCCAACAUCAGGAAGAACUGGUGGCCAAAUUGCAAAAGGAGAAGCGAUCUUUUGGCGAUUCCAGACAGAAGGUCGAAGAAGACCUGCAAGCUGCCGAGGACAAGGCCAACCACUUGAAUCGACUCAAGGUCAAGUUGGAACAAAAUUUGGACGAAAUGGAGGAUUCUGUGGAGCGAGAAAAAAAAAGUCGUAAUGACGUGGAGAAAGUCAAGCGGAAACUGGAAGGCGAUCUCCGCUGUACUCAGGAGACCUUGAGCGAUUUGGAACGGAAUAAGAACGAGGUCUCCCAAGUCAUUGCCCGAAAGGAUAAGGAGCUCCAAGCUUUGGCUGCCAAAAUCGAGGAUGAACAAGCUUUGGGUGGGAAGAUGCAUAAACAAACCAAAGAGCUAUCCAAUCGUUUGGAGGAAUUAGAAGAAGAGUUGGAGAUUGAGCGCAACAACCGUUCCAAGGCCGAAAAGACUCGACAAAUCCUCAGCCGAGAAUUGGAAGAGUUGGGCGAGAAGUUGGAGGAGUCUGGCAACGCCACUGCCGCCCAAAUCGAACUGAACCGAAAACGCGAAACCGAAUUGGCCAAGCUCAAGGACGACUAUGACAAUGGAGCACUUCAACACGAGACCGUGCUGGCGAAUUUGAGGCAGAAGCACAACGCCGUUAUCGCAGAUCUGGGAGAUCAAAUUGAUCAGAUUAACAAGGCCAAAUCCAAGGCCGAACAACAAAAGAAUGGCCUGAUCAUGGAGAUGAAUGACACCCGUAGAGCAGUGGAGGAGCUCACAAUGGACAAGGCCAACAUCGAGAAAAUGAACAAGUGUCUGCAGGGUGACAUUUCCGACGGAUCCAUGCGACUAGAGGACCUUCAACAAGCCUUGAAUGAUGCGGAUGGCCAGAAAAAGAGAUUGGCCAUCGAAAAGGACGACAUGGAAAAGCAGAUUGAGGACGCCGAGAAUCAGCUGAGGUCGCUCGGAAAACUCAAGACCUCAUUGAGCACCCAGUUGGAUGAUACUCGUCGAUUGGCUGAGGCGGAAGCACGUGACCGGGCCAAUCUUUUGGGCAAGUUCAGGAACUUGGAGGCGGAUUUGGAAAGCAUCCGUGAAAAGAUCGACCUCGAGAACGAGGCCAAAGCUGAGAUUCAAAAGGCCAUGGCCCGAGCCUCGGCUGAGGCCCAAGUUUGGAAGGGCAAAUUCACCACCGAGGCGUUGGCCAGGAUUGACGAUCUGGACAAUGCACGAGCUAAACUAUUGGCUCGCAUUGAGGAGGCCGAGGAAUGCAUUGAUGGACUGAAUUCAAAGGUGGGGACAACCGAGAAAUUGAAGAAUCGAUAUCAGAUCGAGCUCGAGGAUCUGCAAAUGGAAUUUGAACGGAUCAAUGGCCAAGUUGCAGUGGCGGAUAAAAAGCUGCGAACCUUUGAUAAGGUGGUUGGUGAGUGGAAGAUGAAAUGCGACGAUUUAUCCACGGAAUUGGACUCGUCUCACCGGGAAUGUCGGAAUCAAAGCUCGGAGUUGUUCCGUUUGAGAGCGGCAUGGGACGAAACCGUGGAACAAUUGGACACAGUCCGCAGGGAGAACAAGAACCUGGCUGAUGAAAUUAAGGAUCUCUUGGACCAAUUGGGCGAAGGUGGACGAUCCAUUCACGAAUUGGACAAGCAAAGAAAGCGGUUGCAGGUGGAAAAGGAUGAGCUUCAAGCCGCUUUGGAAGAGGCCGAAUCUGCUUUGGAACAAGAAGAGAACAAGGUGCUACGUGCUCAAUUGGAGGUGGGUCAAGUCCGCCAGGAGAUUGAGCGACGAUUGCAAGAGAAGGAGGAAGACUUUGAAAACACAAAGAAGAACUUCAUGCGUGCCAUCGACUCCAUGCAAGCCUCUCUUGAAGGCGAGGUGAAGGCCAAGGAAGAGGCCUUGAGGAUUAAAAAGAAAAUCGAGGCCGACAUCAAUGAAUUGGAAAUGGCCUUGGAUCAUUCGAACAAGGCUAACGCGGAAGAUAUCAAGCAGAUCAAGCGCCAUGCUGCCACAUUGUUAGAGGUGGACACGGCCUGCGAAGAAGAGGCUCGAGCUCGCUCGGAAUUGGAGGAUCAAGCAGGAAUUGCGGACAGAAAAGCCAAUGUCCUGACCUCUGAACUAGACGAAGCUCGCCUUCUUCUGGAUACUGCCGACCGUGCCCGUAGAAAUCUGGAGGGUGAUGUGGGCGAGACUCGCUCCAACAUUUCCGAGCUGACGAACGUCAAUUCCAUGCUGACCGUGGAGAAGCGCCGUUUGGAGGGAGAUCUCCGUGGAAUGCAGGCCGAAUUGGACAAUCUCAUGCUUCAGGUGAAGAAUGCCGAGGAGAAGGCCAGGAAGGCCAUGAUUGAUGCAGGACGCCUGGCUGAUGAAUUGCGCAAUGAGCAAGACCAUGGCAUGUCGGCCAACAAGGCUGCCAAAGCCCUUCAAAGCCAGUCCAUGGAGCUCCAAGCACGUUUGGAUGAGGUGGAAGAAAAUGCUAUUCGACAUGGAAAGAAGGUUUUGGCCAAAUUGGAAGAGCGGGUCAGGAACCUCGAGGAUGAGUUGGGAACCACUCAAAUUCGGUCAGGCGAAACCCAUAAGCACGCCAUUAAGGCCGAUCGACGCAUCAAAGAGAUGCAGUUUACAUCGGACGAAAACAGGAAGAACAUGGAUCAUAUGAGCGAUCUCGUCGACAAACUUCAGGGCAAGAUUCGAACAUACAAGAAACAGAUCGAGGAUGCCGAGGAGAUUGCGGCCUUGAAUCUGGCCAAGUUCCGAAAAGCUCAGCAACAAAUGGAGGAUGCCGAGGAGCGUACCCGCAAUGCUGAAGGUCAGAUUGACCGCCUCAGACACGAGAGAGGCGCUUCCAUGUUGCGUUGAUCAUGAAUUCUCCAACUUUGGAUCAAGCGAAUGUUUGAACUAACAAAAUAAAACUAAUCAGUGAGUGAACACAAAUAACGAAGUGACCUAAUCAGACUAAAACAUUGCCUGGCAUUCAACAAAAACCAGAACCUUCUCUUCCACAAGACUGAAGAAAGAGGGUUCGCUCCCGGAUAAAAGAAGAUAAUUAUGAAGCAAUCAUCGAAAAAAGGCCGUUUUCAUGCGAUCAGAGAUCAGACGAGCGGAGGAUAAACCCUUUUGAGCUUUUUUAUUCAGAACAUUUAUGAGAAAGACAGAACACCAAAGCAUUGUCGGCAGAUCAAACACAAAAUAUAGCUGUUCUCAAAAUUCCCAAACAACACUUGGAGCGAAAAUCACGGCGAAUCUGACAAGGAUAAAAUCAUGUUUGUUCAUUGAAGCCAUGUUGACCAUCAACGAGAAGAAUAAAACGCUAUGACACGACCAAA